AUGCGCUUGAGUGGCCAUCUCUCACCGUCCAAUGGCUUCCAUCGCCCCCCAUCUGAUAAUGGUCCUCUCGCUGUACACAAAUUGAUACUGGGGACCCAUACCUCUGAUGAAUUUCCGAAUUUUCUCAUGGUUGCCCACGUCCCCCGCCAUGCCAUUGAAAUGGAACCCGAUAAUUCCAACAUUCCUAAGAUGCUUCAAUGGAGCAGUACAUAUUUAUCCAACAUAGCUGGAGUAAUAGUUUUUGUGGUUUCAUUGGGGAUGUGGGCAACAAGUUUUGAUCGAAUCAGGAGAAAGUUUUUUGUUGAUGCAGAUGCUUCAAGUGAGCAGUACCUAUUUAUCCAACAUAGCUGGAGUAAUAGCUGUUGUGGUUUCAUUGGGGAUGUGGGCAACAAGUUCAUGGUUGAGCUGGGGCAAAGCUCUUCGAGACGAGCCACUGGAACACCAAUAAAGAAGUUAUUGGCAGAAGAAAUGUCAAAAGAAACUGAUGUUAAAAGACGCUCGUCAAGUGUUAUUGCCUGA